AUGGCGUCUCCAUUCCCAGUGGCUCUGCCCGUGUCCGAGACACGGGCGCACAACGACUCGCCUGCGGUGCUCAUGAAGGUCACCACAGAGACUGCGCGCAGGAACGAAAAGAUCCUUCCCAAAGACGGCGAGCCCAACAUCCUCGUCACCUCCGCCCUGCCCUACGUCAACAACGUGCCCCACCUCGGCAACAUCAUCGGCUCCACGCUCAGCGCCGAUGUAUACGCACGAUACUCGCGCACGCGCAAUCGCAACACGCUCUACAUCUGCGGCACGGAUGAGUACGGCACCGCCACCGAGACCAAGGCGCUAGAGGACGGCGUCACACCGCAGCAGCUUUGCGACAAGUACCACGCGCUCCACGCCCAGGUCUACGAGUGGUUCCAGAUCGGCUUCGACCACUUUGGCCGCACCACCACGCCCAAGCAGACCGAGAUCGCACAGGACAUCUUCCUCAAGCUCCACAAGAACGGCUAUCUCGAGGAGCGCACCAUGACCCAGCUCUUCUGCGAAAACUGCACGCGCUUCCUCGCCGACCGCUACGUCGAGGGCGAGUGCCCGCGCUGCGGCUACGACGACGCUCGCGGUGACCAGUGCGACAAGUGUGGCCAGCUCUACGAUGCCGUCGAGCUUGUCAAGCCCAGAUGCAAGCUCUGCUCGUCGGCGCCCGUCCAGCGCGAGUCCUCGCACAUGUUCAUCCGCAUCGACCAGCUCCAGCCCUUGACCGAGGCGUGGGCCAAGGAGCAGGCCCAGAAGGGCGGUUGGAGCUCCAACGGCAAGUUCAUCACCGAGAGCUGGUUCAAGGAGGGUCUCAAGCCCUUCAGCUUGACGCGCGACCUCAAGUGGGGCGUGCCCGUCCCCAUCAAGGGCAUGGAGGACAAGGUGCUGUACGUGUGGUUCGAUGCGCCCAUCGGCUACCCGAGCAUCACCGCCAACUACACCGACGAGUGGGAGCAGUGGUGGAAGAACCCGGACAACGUCAAGCUCUACCAGUUCAUGGGCAAGGACAACGUGCGCUUCCACACCGUCAUCUUCCCCUCGUGCCUCAUCGGCAGCAAGGACCCCUACACGCUCCUCCACCACAUCAACACCACCGAGUACCUCCAGUACGAGGGCGGCAAGUUCUCCAAGUCGAGAAACAUCGGCGUAUUCGGCGACAAGGCACGCGACCUCGGUCUGUCGGCGUCCGUGUGGCGAUACUACCUGCUGGCCAACCGUCCCGAGACGGCCGACAGCCAAUUCGCAUGGCGUGACUUUAUCGCGCGCAACAACUCGGAGCUGCUCGCCAAUCUCGGCAACUUCUGCAACCGCGUGCUGACGUUCAUGAAGAAGUACGACUAUGUUAUCCCGGCGAUUCCGGACGACUCGGAGCUGCGCUCGUACAAGGAGGGCGCGCUGGUGUCGGCGGCGGAAGACGAUGCGUCGGCGAGCGUGCUCUCGCGCUUCGCGCGCGACGUCAACUCCAUCCUGGCGCAGUACAUUGCGUCGAUGGAGGCGGUCAAGAUCCGAUCGGGUCUGCAGCACAUGAUGGCGCUCUCGGCGCGCGGCAACGUCUUCCUGGUGGAGUCGCACUUUGACAAUGCGCUGUUUAGCGACAACCGCGCGCGCUGCGACGAGGUGAUGAUCGUUGCGCUCAACCUCAUCUGGCUGCUUUCGGCGCUCAUCCAUCCGUUCAUGCCCGAGACGUCGGAUGCGAUUCUGAAGCAGCUCGAUGCGCCUCCUCGCACCGUCCCCGAGGACGGCAAAUUCGCGCUCGACCUGCUUGCCGGCCACAAGAUCGGCAAGGCGUCGCACCUGUUCAAGCAGAUCGACCCGAAGCAGGAGGAGGUUUGGCGCGUCCAGUUUGGCGGUAGCGCCGAUGGGGCGGUGCAGGAGGAGAAGCCGCAGAUGAGCAAGAAGCAGGCCAUGAAGGCGGCCAAGGCGGCCAAGAAGCAGGCGGAAGCCGCCAAGCCGCAGGUGAAGAACAAGACGCCCGAACUGUUGCAGCUCGAGCAGCAGGUCGCCACCGAGGGCGAUGCGCUCAAGAAGCUCAAGGAGGACGCCAAGAAGGCGGAAUCGGCCGACGACAAGGCCAAGCUCGACAAGGACGUCGAAGCCAAGCUCGCCGGCUUCCUCGCGUUGAAGAAGGACCUCGAGACGCUCACCGCCUCGUUGGCCAAGCUCGAACUCGAGGCCGAAACCGCUGCACAGUAA